CUCUUGCCUUCAUCCUUCCCAGAUGCAAGACGCCGUCCGGAUCCUCGAAGAUCAAAUGCCACCAGGAAACACCUUUACUGCAUUCCUGAAAUAUGUUAAAGAGACAUACACUGCGAACAAUGCAAGGUAUGCGUUUCUCUUAGAUUGUUGGUUUUGAUAGCUGUCUUUUCUACAUGUCGAAAACUUACACUUCAUUUACUUUCAGGUUUCCUGCUACCGUCUGGGCCUCGGUUCCUUCUAUGGAGCCUGCUACAACCAAUGGGGCUGAGGCAUUCCAUUCUGAUUUUAAUGCCCAAUUUAAUUCCGCUCAUCCUAACAUUUUUUCAUCCAUUUCAAUUUUGCUGCAAGUUCAGGCUCAAACCUACCACAAAAUUAACUCUCUGAGAAAACAUGAACAAAACUACAUAAGACCUCAGAGAAUUGAGCUGAAAGAGCGACGUGUUAAGGCUUGGGACGAACUUUUCACCGAGGAGAGAUCAAUUUCUACUUAUGUCUUGUACAUGGGCAGUCUCAAUGCGAAAAUGAACGGCAAACAUUAUUAGAAAGGUUGGACCGUUCUGGACAUAAUGUAUAAAUAAUACAUUGUACUUUUUUUCAUUAGUUCGUAACGUUUUGCGAUACAUUGCAAUAUUGUGCUUGAUUACUCUUCGUAUUUUUUUACGAUACAUUUCAAUAUUGUUGAUUCCCAUUCGUAACAUUUUAUGAUUUUAUGCUCACCAAUUUUGUACUUGACUCCCGGUCGUAACAGUUUAAGAUUUUAUGCUUACCAUUCCUACGAUAUAUUUCACAAAUAAGUGUAUUCUAUUCAUUGUACCUGUUGUCCAUGCUGACAAAAUAUUAUCCAAAUACAAAUGUUUGUUUGAUAAACUGAUCUAAUCAAUAGCCAGAUUUCCUUUAACUUUAUUGACGUAAAUUGCAAAACCACGUACGUCAAGCGUUGCGGUAUUCAGAAAAAUACGUAAACUCAAAAGUAGCAACGCGCGGUCUUUUCUUCGUCUAGCAGAACUUGGUGCUACGCUAGCGGGGUAAUAAAAGAC